AUGCCUUUCCUUAAGGAAGAAGAGCUCCGUGCUCUUCACGACAGAAUCCAAGACCUUGAAAUGCAGGUCAAGGAGGCAAAGGACCUAACCGCGGUCCUUGAGUCUAACCUCAAGACCGCCAGAAAAUGCGACGUCAACGCUAGCAACCCUAGGUCCACCCCUAGACCCAUGGCCUAUAAGACCUGGUCAGCCACUAUAAGGAUUACCUCGAUGAAGUCAGCGACGACGAGUGUCACAACUUGCGAGGAAAUCACCGAUACACAUCAUGGCCGAUGA